GAGUGGCCAGUACUCUACAGUCAUAUGGGCACUUUCACUUUCCAAAAGUAAUUUGAAGUGGCCUUCCGUGCUGGCAGGAGAUCUAUUUUUUUUUUCUCGAAAAUAACAAUAACAACAUGUUGUAGGCCUACAGCUGAAAACUUUUUGAUUACGUCCAUCGUCCAAACUGGAAUGUAGACUAUUUUCGUCUCGAAUGCUUUUGCGUGUCUAUCGUCUGAAUGAAUCUAUCCACCCUGGGCCUGUAUUGAAAUAAAACUGAAUUGAAGAGGUGGACUGCAUUUGCGAUCGGCGCCAAUGGACCCGUUGGAUUUUUUGACCGAUGAGGAGUUACUGCGGUUUUUCCGCUGUAGUAGAACAGAAAUGUCGUGCAUGGAGCAACCACACACUUUUCUUAACCAGCUCCGAGACCACCACUUCAUUCCAGAGAAAAUGCACACGAAGCUGAUUCGGUGUAAGAGUAAGGAGGUGAGGGAGAAGGGUGUGUACCAGGUGUUGGACUGGGUGGCAGCAGAGAGGCCCAACAGCAUCAAGGUGUUCUGGAAAUGUGUGUUCAGGGACCACCUCCUGCUGCAGUACCCCACGUUACGCCUGCUCCGAAACCGCCUGCUGGACGGGUCGUUCACAUUCUACGAGAAACUGCCAGAGAAGGUGGAGAAGGAAGAGGGGGAGGAGGAUAAGAAGAAGAAGGGUUCAGUGGAAGGAGAUGAUAAGGAAGAGAAGACAAGAAGGAAAAAGAGGAACCAGAAAAAGAGAAGUGAGAGUGUGGAGGAGCAGCCCAGCACGUCCACACAGUCCAACCCCAGUCAGAAGAGGAAAGUUCAGAGGCCGACCUACUCUCCUUUCAGUAAGAAUGAGAAAGCUGACAUCUGGACCUGGCCCAUCUACAAGACCCAGCUCCCAGUCACCUGUGGGGACAAAGAAGGCACGCUCAACAGGGACAAGCUGGCCAAAGGGAAGAGGUGCAUUGUGGUCCAGGGUCGAUGGUUCACCCCAAGUGGCUUUCAGGAGUUUGGGGGGAAGAAGAGCAGUAAGAACUGGAAGUGCAGUAUCCGCUGUAGAGGCACCACUCUGGAAAAACUGAUCCAGGAAGGCCAUUUAACUUCACCAGACUUUAAAAGAAGAAAGAGUGCACAGGCCAAGAGAGCACUGUUUCUCUCUAACCAAUCAGCAGGCUCAAUCACAGAAUCUGAGGAGAAUGACAAUGAUGAGGAGGAAGAGGAGGAGGAAGAAGCUGAGCAGGAAAAAGAGGAAGUCUUCAAAGUCACCUGUGGAGCCAUCAAUGGAAUGCUACAUAAGGAUCGGUUUGCAUCAGGGUCGUGUGGAAAGAGCAUCCGUACGGAGCUGCGCUGGAUGACCCCGGUGGAGUUUGUGAAGGGGGAGUCAGAUCUGGAAGAUCCCUCCUGGAAGAAAGACAUCCAGUGGGACGGGAAACCACUCCACGUCCUCAUCGAGAGUAAGAUCUUGGUCAUCCACUCUCUCCUGUGUAAGUGCAAGCUGUGCAGCUCCACGGCCAAAGACAGGCAUGAUCAGGAUAACGAUGACGACUGCUUCAUCUGUAGAAGCCAGGGUAGCUUGAUAUGCUGUGAUGAGUGUCCCCGCUCCUUCCAUCAGAGAUGUCAUCUUCCGAAUGUGGAUGGAGCCAUGAUGGGGGAUGAUUGUCCGUGGAUCUGUACAUUCUGUGUACUGAGGGCCAGUCAGUCGUGGCGCUACCCCGCACAAAUUACCUACCAGGAAGCCUUAACCCGCCGAGUCUCAGACAACCUACUGGAAUGCCAGUACCUCCUGCUGUGUCUAUACCAUGCGGACGAGGACCACAUCUUUGUGGCAGAUCCUUGCAUCAAUGUGAGAAACUACACCAGUGUGAUAAAGACCCCUAUAUGGCUGGACAGGGUUGUGGAGAAGCUGCAGCAGAAUCUCUACCAGUCAGUGCAACAUUUUGUGUCUGAUGUGUUGCUUAUCUUCACCAACUGUGCCACAUUUAACAGGGAUAAUGCAGAGUUCCGUGUGAUGGGCGAAAGAUUGAAGGAUCUAUUUGAGAGAGAGUUCAAGAGUACAUUCAGUAUCCAGCUUGAGCAUCCAACUGCAUCCAACAGCCAGUAGAGCCUUCAUCGAGUCUGUACUGUUAUCUCACUAUGAGACAACAGGGAAUAUUCACCAUGCCCUGGUCUUUCUAUACAGCCUUCAUACAGACUUGCAUGUACAUUAUUAUCCAUCUAGUCCUUUCAUGAAUUUCUUUCAUUCGUUCUAACAGUCAAAAUGGACCUCUGACAGUCUCUAUGGGGUGCCUCAGGGUUCAAUUAAAGGUCCGACUCUCUUCUCUGUAUACAUCAAUGAUUUUGUCUGGCUGCUGGUUAUUCUCUGAACCACCUCUACGCAGACAACACCAUUCUCUAUACUUCUGGCCCCUCUUUGGACACUGUUAACUAACCUCCAGAUGAACUUCAAUGCCAUACAACUCUCCUUCUGUGGCCUCCAACUGCUCCUAAA